GAAAAAAAAUUCAAGAAAUAAAUUCAAUUUUAAAAAUUUAAAAAAAAAGAUUUUUGUUUUGUGUGAAAAUCGUUUGUAUGGCUGAUAAAUAUAUUAUUUGAAAAACAUUUGACGUUAAUUAUUGGCAAUUGUUUAAAGUGAAAGUACAACAAAUUGAAUUACUUCCUUCGCAUACAACGUAUAAAAAUAUAACAAAAAGUAACAGAAAAUAAAUCACAACAAAUUAAUUUCAAAUAAAAGAGAAAAAUAAAUAAAUAGAUUUUAACAAAAUGUUAUUUAAAAUAUUCCUUUGUUGCCUUGUGGCAAGUCAAACUUUAGCCGAAAACUCUAUCGAUUCCACUGUGAUGCCCACCGAAGUUCGCGUUGAAUCUUCAGUAUCUUUCGAAACAGCUCACAAACGUCCCGAAGCCUUGGGUGAUGAUGGUUUCCAAACAGCACAUAAAGUCAGCCACUACGAUGUGGAGAACAUGAAUCUCUUGCCCACCAAAGAGAAACCCGAACUCAACCCCAUUCUAAGUGCCCUCAUCAAUGAAGAUGUCAUGAAGAGUAUUGAAGCUAAGCGUGCCAUCGAAGAGGCUGAAUUGGAAAUCAUCAAAGCUGAAGUAGAUGCUGCCGUCAAAGCAGAAGAAAAGAAAAUCGAAGCAGCUAAAGAAGCCGCCGAAGAGAAAGAAGAAGAACAAGAUGAUGCUGACAAGGCCACAGAAGCACCAAUUAAUGUGCUUACCACCGCUGCUCCCAUGAAGAAAGCUGAAUUGGAAAAAGACGAUGAAAUCAAUGUUGGUUUUGUAGACCAAGCUAUUGCUUUGGAGACAGCUGGCACUGAGAACAACAAGAAGUCACGUAUUGAAAUUAAAAAGGGUCCCAAUGGCCAGGAUUAUGAAUACGAAUAUGUUUACUAUUACGAAGAUGAAGAGGAUGAUGCUAAGCCUAAGGGAUCAGUAGCCGAAGAUGGUGAAGAGGCUGAGACCAGAGGCAAAUCACGUUACACCAACAUUGAUCGCAGUACCGCUGCUACUCCAGCCGAUAACAGUCUGGUCAGUGGCAAAGCCAAGGGUCGCUCCUCCAACGUUGAAGAAGAUAUUGAAACCGAACGUUUACCUCAGAAUACCCGUUUCCCCAGCCGUGGUAAAACUGUGGAUGUGCCUCCUACACCCGCCUUGGAUUCAGUCGAUUCUGCUGCCGAGAAAAAGAAAAUCAGUGUCAAGCGUCCCAGUUUGGAAUUGGUAGAUAGUCAAACCUUCAACACCGACGAGAAGCAGUCCAAGAGCUCCCGCAAUUCUGAUGACACCAAGUCUGCCAUUACCAUUGAACAAGAAAUGGCUGUUUUAGCUUCGGCUCAAGCUGCUGCUGCUGCCGCUAAAGAUGCUGAAGAAGCUGAGGCUGCCAAGGCCCAAGAAAAGGAAGAUGAAGAAGCUGCCAUGGAUGCUGAUGAGACUGUUGAACAAACUACACCUGCCAUGGAAAAGGCUGCUUUGGAUUUGUAUGCUCUCUUGACCAAUGAAAACAACAACAUGGACAUGACCACAGACUCGGAUAUGGAUGUCACCACCAUUUUGCCCGACACCACCGAUAUGUAUGGCGAUGAUCUCUUGACCACCAUUGUGGAUGAAGAGCCAAGCAGCACUACUACCACCACUACCACAACCACUACUCCAGAACCAACUACCACCACCACUACGACUACAACCACUACCACCACAACACCAGCUCCUUCGUUGUUUGGUGGCAGACGUGGUGCCGCCGGCAGCACAAACGGUCGCAAUCGCUUCAAGCUUAAGUCUGCUAACAGUCCCUCAACCACCACCGAAGCACCUUCGGAAGCUCCCAAAACUGGCAAGAAUCGUUUCAACCGUCCUUCCAUUGGUGGUCGUGCUCGUCCCGGUGCCAGAACUACUGCUGCUCCUGCUGCAGCCGCUGAAGAACCUCAACAGGAAGAAGAGGUUGCCGUCAAGGAAGUUAAACCCGUUAGCUCAGGAUUCUCACGUAACAGACCUCGCAAUCGUUUCAACAUUCGCGGCAGCACCACUACUACUGAAGCUUCAGUCCAGGACUCUGAUGAAGGCCAUGAGGAAUCUGUCUCCAGCACUACAGCUCGUUCUCUUAGAGGAGGACGUCCUACACUUGGACUUCGCGGUCGUGGCAGUCGUACCACUACUACCAAAGCUCCAGCUAACGACGAAGAAGCUGUCAAUGAUAGCGAUAACAGCGUAGAUGAUAAACCCUCCACAACAGCUCCCAGUCACAGUGGACCCGUCAGACCUUCCCGCUUCAAUUUGAACCGUGCUGCCGGUGGUCGUUUGCCAGGUCGUGCCAAACUCGGCCGUGCUACCACUGAAGCACCAGCUGCCUCCGAGUCCGACGACUCUGCAGCUGAUAGCUCACAUCACAAUGAUGUCAAGGGAGAAGGUGAAGAAGCUUCUGAGAAGCCAGUUGAAGAACCAGCAUCUGCCAAUGUUGGUGGCUUAAACCGCUUGAAGAACCGUCCACGCAUAGGUGGCUUACAUAAGACUGAUAACAAACCAAAGGUAGCUCCUGCACCAGUAGCACCACGCAAAGUUAAUCCUCUGCUUGCCAACAGACGCCUCAAAGUAGGACCUUCAACAACAGAAGCUGCCCCCGUCGAAGAAGCUCCAUCAGCUUCAGCAGAAGAAUCCGAUUCCAAGGAAGAAGCUUCUGCCACCGCCCAAGAUGAAGCUAAAGAUGAGACAACAGAAGAAGCAGAGACUACCACCAAACAACAAGCUCGCGGUUUGGGUCUUUUAGGUCAAAGAAGGCGAUUGCCCCUAAGAAAACCAGGAACAUUAUUGUAAAAAUAAUAAUUUCCCUACCCUGCUCCUAUGCCCCUUUCUGCCUCCUCCUCCUACUUGAGUACUCAAAAACCAAUGUAAUGCUCAUAAAUAAUGUAUCUUUAAUACUCAUAAAAGAUAAACAAAAACCAACUCCUUCUAUUUAGUAAUAAAUAAACUAACUCUAUGCCCUCUUUUCUUUCACUUGUAUGUAUUUGUAUGUAAAUUAAUUAUUUUUAAUUUUCGUUUUGUUUUUUUAUAAUUAUUUUAUAUUAUUUUGUUUAUUCCUUUCUUGAAUAUUUUGAUUUGUGAAUUUUUUUAUUUUAUCCUGGUAGCUUGUAGUUUGUUUUACAGCCACAUGUGAAUGAAAGUGGUUUCAAUGUAAGAACAAAAAAAAAACUUAGGUAAACCCAAAAAAAAAACACACAAAACUUAUGUAUGUAUGAAAUUAUAUUUUCUUCUAUGUUUUUUCUUUAUUUUGAUUUAAAAUAUUAUUAAAAAAUUUACUUUAAGUUUCUUAAAUUAGGUACGAAACACAAACAAACGAAAUCCUUAUGUAAAAAUUUUGCGAUAUAAAUGUAAUUUUUGUAUGUAAUUUUCUUUAUUUUUUUGUUAUAAAAGAUACUUUUGAUAAAUAAACGAUAAAAAAAUAUAUAAAAAAUAUAAAACAAUUAAAAA